AUGGAGUGGAUGGCAGGGGCGGGGGUGGCCAAGUACAUGCGCCAGCCGACGCCUUUGAAUACAGAGAUCGUGGCCAUAGGGGUGGACUGCUACAUGAAGAUGCUGCUCCAGGACAACUUUGUGCACACAGACCUGCACCCAGGAAACAUCAUGGUGAUGUCACAACCCGACACACACUCACAGCAGCAGCAGCAGCAGCAGGGGCGAGCUUGCGACAGGAGCUCUCAACCUACCCGAGGCGGCGGAGACGGAGGCGGCACCAAGGGCGAGGGCGCGGCAGCAGCGAGGGAGCGGGCGCGGCUGGUGCUGCUGGACUUUGGACUGGCGGAGGAGCUGACGCCCGAGGUCAGGUACCGCUUCCUCAGCUUCCUCAACCAGAUUGUGGCAGGCGAUGGCGCCACGGCCGCGCGCCACCUGCUGCGGUGGUCGCGCGUGCAGGGGUGCCCCGACCCCCUGGCGUUCGAGGGGGCCAUGGCGGAGCUGUUCAGGCGGGAGGCCGAUGUCCACUGCAAGGGCGGGAUCGACCUGGACGCAGUGCUGCAGGGCGUCCUGGCUCUGGCGCGUCAUUACGAGGUCUCCAUCGACUCCGCUUACGCCAGCCUGGUGAUCUCGGUCUGCGUCAUCACGGGCUUUGCGGUGGCGCUCGACCCCCAGGUCAACGUGAUGGACGCAGCCGCGCCUGCGCUGAUGGCAUAUGCACUCACUGGCCGCGUCUUUGGCCGCCUCUACGCGUAG